AUGGCGAACAGUCUCUCAACCGACUCUUGCAUAAUGGCCUUACAAAAUUGCUUUGCCAGGCGUGGAACCCCGAUUCAAAUAAUAAGCGAUCAAGGUACAAAUUUUGUGGGCGCGUCAAAGGAGCUCAGAGCUGCGCUUGCUGCUAUUGACAAUCACAAAUUAGCAGUAGAGUUCACUACAGCGUCUACGACGUGGAAGUUUAACCCACCUGCUUCUCCACAUAUGGGAGGCGCCUGGGAACGCCUGAUACAGACCAUCAAGAGAGUUUUACUUGAGAUAAAACCAAAACAUAUGCUCACCGAAGAGGUUUUACGGAAUAUGUUGAUCAAAAUAGAGAAUAUUGUUAACAGUCGACCGUUAACUCAUGUUCCCGUUGACGAUGAGUCGUCGCCAGCACUAACACCAAAUCAUUUUUUGGUUGGCUCCUCCAACGGCUCAAAACCGCUUGUUCUCUACGAUGACAGUGCUGUCGUGAUGCGGCAGUCGUGGAAGACUUCUGAUGUACUGGCGAAUUAUUUUUGGAAGCGAUGGGUUAAUGAAUACACGCCCGAAAUAUCACGUCGUACUAAAUGGUUCAGCCCAAGCAAGCCGAUCGCUAUAGGAGACGUAGUAAUUAUCGUAGACUCCACAUUCCCUAGAAAUUGCUGGCCGAAAGGGCGAGUAGUUUCUGUGAAGACUUCUUCCGAUGGACAAGUUAGGUCGGCGACAGUUCAAACAACUAGCGGUUUGUACGACAGACCUGCAACCAAACUGGCCGUAUUGGACGUAGGAGUAAAUGACAGUAAGCCGGACCAGGGUCCAACUACUGGGGGGGACUGUUGCCUACGCCCAUCCGAGGCAGAUACACCUAUACGUACAACGCGUCGUUCGCAGACCUGCCGGACGUCUACCGUGAGCCAGUUGAAGUAA